GGAAGGAUUUGGGAUGUAAUAAAGAAGGUGGUGACAGAAAGAACAUCUAGGAAACAACUUUGGAGCCCACAGAAUGGGAGUGCAAUUCCCUUCUGCCCUCAGAACCAAAGUAAGGAAUAACAACAACACAUAUUAAUCAUCUUACGCACAAGAAAGCUAAAGUUCCAGGCCUUGUACUGGAGACUGGGAACACACAUACACUCUCUCUGUUUAAAGUAAAAAAGAAAAAGAAAAAAAGGAGAAUCCAGCAUGAUUUCCAUCACUACCCCAGCCAACUACUUAAUUUCUUCAUCCCUUUUUCUAAUCUCCCUUAUUAAACCACUUUCUUCAACCCCCUUCCCCAGCGCCUCCUCCUCAUAAACCAAACAACCUCUCCCCAUAUCUUUCACUAUGCUUAAAGGAUCAUCCUUUGGCCUUCUCUCAACAACAAUGCCGGGCCCUGCAUUUCUAUGGACAUGAAACACCCUUCCAACACUUAACACUCCGCCUAAGCAUGGCCUCCGCCUGCUUCUUCAACACUCCCCAGACCAUUGCCAUUCUUGUGCCGCUGCUUUUGCUUCUUCUUGCUUUCCCAGUAACUCCGGUAUACUCGUCUCAUAUUCCUGCCACCAACCAGACUUUCCAUCCCCAACAGGAAUUCAACAAGUUGAAGAUGAUAAGGGCUCAUCUGGAUAAGGUCAACAAGCCUGCAGUCCACACAAUUCAGAGUCCUGACGGGGAUCUCAUUGAUUGUGUUUUAUCUCACCACCAACCAGCAUUUGACCAUCCAAACUUGAAGGCCCAAAAACCCUUGGUAACCGCUUACUUCCAUUGCCACCCAAAUUCAAAGUUCAACUGGUUCAGCCUUGAAAGGAAAGUGAAUGUGAAUGUAAUGUUGUGUCUAAAUUUGCAGGAUCCACCAGAGAGACCAGAAGGACAUAAGCCGCCUAGGACGGAGAUAGGAAGCUUCCAAUUAUGGAGCAUGAAUGGGGAAACUUGCCCGGAAGGAACAGUUCCAAUAAGAAGAACAACGGAGGAAGACAUACUCAGAGCUACCUCUUUUCAGAUGUUUGGAAGAAAAGUAAAAAGAUGGGUUAGGAGAGAAACAAGCAGCGACGGGCAUGAGCACGCUGUGGGGUAUGUGACCGGCAAUCACUACUUCGGUGCAAAAGCAAGCAUCAACGUGUGGGCACCUCGAGUCGCCGAUCAGUAUGAAUUCAGCUUAUCGCAAAUGUGGGUCAUCUCCGGCUCUUUUGGCGACGAUCUCAACACCCUCGAAGCCGGUUGGCAGGUUAGUCCAGAACUGUACGGAGACAAUUACCCAAGAUUCUUUACUUACUGGACGUCGGACGCAUACCAAGCAACCGGAUGUUACAAUCUGCUAUGCUCGGGGUUUGUCCAAACAAAUAACAAAGUGGCCAUUGGGGCUACAAUAUCUCCGACGUCUUCGUUGGAUGGCGGUCAAUUCGACAUCAGCUUGAUGGUUUGGAAGGACCCAAAGCAUGGAAACUGGUGGCUGGAAUUUGGAGCGGGGGUACUGGUGGGAUACUGGCCGUCCUUCUUAUUCACGCAUCUGCAACAGCAUGCAACCAUGGUGCAGUUCGGGGGAGAGGUGGUGAAUUCAUGCCCCUCCGGAUUCCACAGCAGCACGGAGAUGGGGAGUGGGCAUUUCGGCGGGGAGGGAUUCGGAAAAGCUUCCUACUUCCGGAACCUGCAGGUGGUGGAUUGGGACAACAGCUUGGUUCCAUUAACAAACCUGAUGGUAUUGGCGGAUCAUCCGGAGUGCUACGAUAUUGAAGCAGGGAUGAACACCGAUUGGGGCAACUACUUUUACUACGGUGGACCUGGCCGAAGCCAGAGGUGUCCUUGACACAAUUCUUGUUUUUGUUUUUGUUAUAUCACAUCCCCUUCAUCAUUACAACUAAUAUAAUUGUAAAUUUUGAUUCACCAUUUUUAGUAUAAUAUCAAUA